AGUCACAUUACCGCGAUGCGUUCAUACUGGCUAACAACGUCUUUAAAAUUGCUUAAAUGCAAUAAAAACAAUUUAUGGAUAACGAGUGUACGUAGAUCAUUUGCAACAGCACAGUCUAGUGGAGAAAAUCUUCAAUCAACAACGCUGUCUGUACGACCUUUUGAGGAGCUUGACAACAAGAACAACAACAAUGAGCAUCAGCAGCGAUCUCUGCACAUAGCCGUAAUUGGAGUCCCAAAUGUUGGAAAAAGUACUUUUAUCAACAACAUAAUUAACCAUAAGGUCUGUCCCACAUCAGGUAAAGUGCACACUACUCGCAAAGCAAACACUGCGAUUUUGACCACGGGGCACACACAGCUGGUAUUCUACGACACGCCUGGCUUGGUCACUCAGCAUGAAAUAAGAAAACAUCAUUUGGAGCAAAGCUUUAAAAGUGCUUAUCGUCAUGCCAUUCAACAUGCGGAUAUUAUAGCUGUUAUGCAGGACGCGUCCAACAGUUGGACUCGCAAAAGUUUGCAUCCCACAGUGAUCGACACUCUGAAGACAUAUGCCCAACUGCCCAGCUUACUGGUGCUCAACAAAGUCGAUGCUCUGAAAUCAAAGCGUAUCCUCUUGGACUUGAUUAAAACUUUGACUAACGAUACUCUGCGUAGUAAAACUGCUAGUAAAAAAAUUUCCCUGCCGUGCGAAUCAGUGGGAGUGCGUUUGAAUCAACGCGAAACUAGUUGGAAUCACUUUAGCGAUGUCUUCUUGGUAUCCUCCAUCACCGGCAGUGGUCUACAAGAGCUACAGGACUAUCUGGUUAACUGUGCCAAGCCAAGACGUUGGGUCUACCCAGCUGACGUCUAUACAGAUGAAACACCUGAAACUUUAAUUGUGGACAGUGUGCGAGCACGUUUACUGGACUAUUUGCCACAGGAAAUUCCCUAUAAUCUGAAAUGCGAGCUGGAGUACUACAAUGUGGAGAACCAUGUAGUCUAUACAUCGGUUCUGGUCCAGUGUCCCACGCCCCGAAUUGAGCGCCUUAUCUGCGGCGAAUCGAAUGGAAAACUGCGCCAGAUAACAGAACGAGUAACUUCAGAUUUGGUGGAAAUGUUUGGUCAAGCGGUGUCUUUAACCAUAUCCACAAUGUCCGGUGGAAAGAGAAAUGUAUAAACGUGUAUCUCAAUACCUCUGAGCUUGAAA